AUGAGCCGGAAUCUGGUUCUCAACAUGACCUCGGAGGGUUUGGGCCCUUCCAAUUCUUCAAAAUUGCAGGAAAAUCCUUUGACGCACCAGAACAUCACCUAUGUUGACUUCUACCUCCACAAACCCUCUGUGGCUGCGGUCUUCACCGUCUCCUACCUGCUCAUCUUCCUGGUGUGCAUGGUGGGAAACGGCGUGGUGUGCUUCAUCGUGCUGCGCAGCAGGAACAUGCGCACAGUCACCAACCUGUUCAUUCUCAACCUCGCCAUCAGCGACCUGCUGGUUGGCAUCUUUUGCAUGCCAACCACGCUGGUGGACAACAUCAUAACAGGGUGGCCGUUUGGCAGUGUAGUGUGUAAGCUCAGCGGCAUGGUUCAAGGGAUAUCUGUGUCAGCGUCUGUCUUCACUCUAGUGGCAAUAGCUGUUGACAGGUUCCGCUGCAUUGUCUACCCGUUCAAGCAGAAGCUGACCAUCACCACCUCAAAGCUAAUUAUCGUCAUCAUAUGGGUCUUGGCUGUGUCCAUCAUGUGUCCCUCUGGGGUCAUGCUGCAGGUCACAAAGGAGCAGAGGGUGCGGAUAGUCCUCGGCCGUAACAACGACACCCGGCCCUUCUACUGGUGCCGGGAAAACUGGCCCAACCAGGAGAUGCGUAAAAUCUACACCACUGUCCUCUUUGCUAACAUCUACCUCGCUCCUCUCAGUCUUAUCGUCAUCAUGUAUGCUCGCAUCUGCUUCACCCUCUCGAAGACCACCGUUCUUCCGAAGAGGAGCAGUGGAAGCGCGUCCGAGGAAGGCAUCGGCAACAGCAAACCCAGCGUGGAGGGCCGUCACACGAAUUCAAAGAGGAAGACUCGGGUGAUAAUGAUGCUGCUGGUUGUGGCUCUGCUCUUCAUCUUAUCCUGGCUACCUCUAUGGACUCUGAUGAUGCUGAGUGACUACGCCAGUCUGACAGAGCACCAGUAUCGUGUAAUUAACAUCUACGUGUAUCCCUUAGCUCACUGGUUGGCCUUCUUCAACAGCAGCGUCAACCCCAUCAUCUAUGGGUUCUUCAACGAAAACUUUCGCAGAGGCUUUCAGGCUGCUUUCAAAUUCCAGCUGUGCACUGCUGACAUUGAGCGCCAGAGGAGCCACUCCCAUCGGAUCCGGGGGCACGCUGUGCUCCCAGUCCAGCCCGCGGCCCGCAACAGAUCAGGCUCAGGAGUCAGACCAGGGUUAGUAGAGAAUGGGAAGUGCUCAUGUCAGGAAGGAGGGUGCUGGGCUAGUAGAGGUGAUAUCAAAGAACAGGACCUGAUCAUGGAGGACCUGGAGAAGGUCUCCCAGAUUUAG